CACAGACCUGCCAAAAGGGACGAGACGAGACGAGAGAGAGAGAGAGAGGGGGAGAGAGGAGAGAGGAGAGAAGAGGGAGGUCAGUAAAGUGAGAAGGCAAAGCCAAAGAUUCGUGUGGUGUACCGCUCGUCUCUCUGUUGUGUCCCUGCGAUUUUCUCGGAUUUGGCGCCCCCCCCCCUCGAUCUCUCUUCAACUUGAACAAAAUUACAAACCUUAUAAUUCGAUAUUAUCCCCCAAAAUUCAAUUUUCAAAUUUUUGUUUUUCUCUUUUAUCGAGCCCUAGGUUUUCCGAUCUGUGGUCUGCUUUCUGAUCCCACCCUGCCAUUUCACCGUGAUUUCGUAUUCAGUGCAUUGAAAGGGAUCUGAUCCCGUCGAUCCGGUUCGUCUCAUCGAUCAGCUCUGUUUCACCAAUUCCGAGACGAUAAGGUGCUGCGCUUACCUUGUUUACGCCCGACAAUUAGUUUUUGGCCUUUGUUUGGAGGAUCCGUAGACGUUUGUUGCCAUUUGCGUCAGAGAGGAAUUGUCGACAUUGAUCUGAAUCGAGCUGUUAGUACGUCUUCAGCCAGCUUAUGAUUUCUGAUCCUUUUUGCGUGUGCUUGUAAGCGUAUUAUCUUCGUCAUCAUCAUUUUAUUAAUUAUUGUUAAUUUCUUGUUUAUAUAUAUAUAUAAAUGGGAGCUUAGGGAACACAAAUCAAAUUACUAUGAAUUGGAAUUGGAGCCGGUUGAGUUUCGGUGUGGUUGGAGAAAAAUUACUAUCAUUUUAUGAAUUCUGAUUCUCAUUUGCCUCGGAAAAUCGGCUCCUUGAACUGUCUCUGCCACAAUGAUUCCCCCUCUUCUUCUCUUUUCGGCGGCGAGUCGCAAUGCAACCUCUUAAACUACGACAGUCCGGUCGCUUCGAUCGGAGACGAUAAACUGCCACCACUGGAGCAUCAUCACACUUGUUCUCUGGUGCAAUUGGAAUCGGCUGCUGAGCCUAGGGUUUUGGAGCAGUUUCCAUUGGAAUGCCCCAGACAGGAGAGGAGGAGACGGCUGGUGUCUUGGGGUGCAAUGGAGCUGCAGCAUAAUCACAUCAGUAACAAUAACAUCAAUUCUAGUUCCGCUUCAUUCGAAAUCUCUAGUAGUAAGCCUCGGAGGAGCCACCGCCGCCACAAGAGCUUGCAGUUUGAGGAUAAUUUAUUGUCAAACGAAGCGAAUCCGAGGUUCAUCUAUAUUGGUGAUCCAAGGAGGACCAACGACAAGUAUGAGUUCUCGGGGAAUGAGAUUCGAACGAGCAAGUACACGAUCAUAACCUUCUUGCCCAAGAAUUUGUUCAUUCAGUUCCAUCGCGUUGCCUAUUUGUACUUCCUAGCUAUUGCUGCUCUCAAUCAGCUUCCGCCUUUGGCAGUGUUUGGGAGAACUGUGUCGCUUUUUCCCCUCCUGUUUGUGCUUUGUGUCACGGCUAUCAAAGAUGGGUAUGAGGAUUGGAGAAGACACCGAUCGGAUAGGAAUGAGAACAACCGGGAGGCUCGCGUGCAUCAGAAUGGUGAAUUCCGAUGGAAGGAAUGGAAGAAGAUACAGGCAGGUGAGGUGGUGAAGAUCUGUGCUGAUGAGAGCAUCCCUUGUGACAUGGUUUUGUUAGGGUCCAGUGAUCCUAGUGGACUUGCAUAUAUCCAGACUAUGAAUUUGGAUGGUGAGUCGAACUUGAAGACAAGGUAUGCCCGGCAGGAAACUGCUUUAGCAGUAUCUGAAGAGUGUAUGAUAUCAGGGCUCAUCAGAUGUGAGCAGCCAAAUAGGAAUAUAUAUGAGUUCACCGCCAACAUGGAGUUCAGAGGGCAAAGGUUUCCCCUUAGCCAGUCGAAUAUAGUUUUGCGGGGUUGUCAGCUGAAGAACACGCAAUGGAUAAUUGGUGUUGUGGUGUAUGCCGGACAGGAAACAAAAGCAAUGAUGAACAGUGCAGCCUCCCCUUCCAAGAGAAGCAAAUUGGAGAGUUACAUGAAUAGAGAAACCCUUUGGUUGUCUAUUUUUCUGUUUGUCAUGUGCCUAGUGGUGGCCGUUGGGAUGGGCCUAUGGCUCCUACGGCACAAGGAAGAGCUUGAUACCCUGCCUUACUACAGAAAGAUAUACUUCACAAAUGGGAGGGAUAAAUUGAAAAGAUACAAAUAUUAUGGGAUACCCAUGGAGACCUUUUUCUCCUUUUUGAGUUCUAUUAUUGUGUUUCAGAUUAUGAUUCCAAUAUCUCUUUAUAUUACAAUGGAGUUGGUUCGUUUGGGUCAGUCAUAUUUCAUGAUUGAAGACAGGGAUAUGUGUGACAGUAGUUCUGGUCCGAGGUUCCAGUGCAGAUCAUUGAAUAUAAAUGAGGAUUUGGGUCAAAUACGCUAUGUUUUUUCGGACAAAACCGGGACACUCACUGAAAACAGAAUGGAAUUCCAAAGAGCAAGCGUCUAUGGGCAAAAUUAUGGGAGAUCCUUGCUUACAGUGGAUCCACUGCUAGAAAAGAACAUUGCUGCAACUGAUAGGAGGAGGUGGAAACUUAAAUCUGAAGUUGCUGUUGAUUCUGAACUUAUGGAAUUGUUGCACAAAGAUGUAAUUGGAGAUGAAAGGAUUGCAGCACACGAGUUUUUCCUUACAUUGGCUGCAUGUAAUACUGUGAUUCCUAUUCUUGACGAUGGUACAUCUUCUAGUUGCAUAAAGGGUGAAUUGCAUGAAGAGGUAAAAGCUAUUGAUUAUCAGGGAGAAUCUCCUGAUGAGCAAGCACUAGUUGCUGCAGCCUCUGCAUAUGGAUAUACUCUGUUUGAGCGCACAUCUGGGCAUAUUGUGAUUGAUGUCAAUGGUGAGAAACUAAGGUUGGAUGUGCUGGGGUUGCAUGAAUUUGAUAGUGUACGAAAAAGAAUGUCUGUUGUUAUCAGAUUUCCUGAUGGUGCAGUAAAGGUGUUGGUGAAAGGAGCUGAUACUUCGAUGUUCAGCAUUUUAGCAGAUGACACUGAGAUGGGUGAUCAUAUAAGGAAUGCCACUCAAAGCCAUCUUACUGAAUAUUCAUCACAAGGUUUACGUACACUUGUAGUAGCUGCCAGGGAUCUUACAGAUGCAGAGCUUGAGAUGUGGCAAUGCAGGUAUGAGGAUGCUAGCACCUCAUUGACUGACAGAGUGAUGAAACUACGUCAAACGGCAGCUUUUAUAGAAUGCAACUUAAAGCUUCUUGGGGCUACUGCAAUUGAGGACAAGCUACAAGAUGGUGUUCCAGAAGCCAUUGAGGCUCUCCGGCAAGCCGGAAUCAAGGUCUGGGUUCUGACAGGUGAUAAGCAAGAAACAGCGAUUUCGAUUGGUCUCUCUUGCAAGCUGCUGACCUCGGAUAUGCAGCAAAUUAUUAUAAAUGGCAAUUCUGAAGAUGAAUGCAGAAAUCUUUUGGCUGAUGCUAAAUCCAAAUAUGGUGUUAAAUCAUCGACUGGAAGAAAUCAAAUUCUGAACUCUAAAAGUAAUGCUGAAACAGACUAUCUUGACAUACCCGUCGAUAUGAAAUUGUCCAAUGUGCCUGGGUGGAAUGCAGGGAUGAAAGAUGGAAUCUCGAGGGUGCCACUAGCACUCAUAAUCGAUGGGAACAGUUUGGUGUAUAUUUUAGAAAAAAAGGAUCUGGAGUCGGAGCUUUUCGACCUUGCAACUUCUUGUAGGGUUGUGCUAUGCUGUCGUGUUGCACCCUUGCAAAAAGCUGGAAUAGUUGAUCUGAUCAAGAGUCGCAUUGAUGAUUUGACGCUGGCAAUAGGUGAUGGGGCCAAUGAUGUUUCAAUGAUCCAAAUGGCGGAUGUUGGUGUUGGAAUAUGCGGUCAGGAAGGGCGUCAAGCAGUGAUGGCAUCCGAUUUUGCCAUGGGACAGUUUCGGUUUUUGAAAAGAUUACUUUUGGUGCAUGGACACUGGAAUUAUCAGCGUGUCGGUUACUUGGUUCUGUACAACUUUUACCGUAAUGCUGUCUUUGUAUUGAUGCUAUUCUGGUACAUAUUAUGUACAGCUUUUUCAACAACUUCUGCUUUAACAGAUUGGAGCAGUGUAUUUUAUUCUGUUAUUUAUACUUCUAUUCCUACUAUUGUUGUUGGUAUUCUGGACAAAGACUUGAGCCAUAAGACACUGUUACGAUAUCCCAAGCUCUAUGGUGCUGGGCAUAGACAGGAAGCUUACAAUUUGCGUCUCUUUUGGAUCACGAUGAUUGACACACUAUGGCAGAGUCUUGUUCUGUUCUAUAUACCCUUGUUCACCUAUAGAGAAAGCUCAAUUGAUAUUUGGAGCAUGGGCAGUUUGUGGACAAUUGCAGUUGUUGUUCUUGUGAAUAUGCACUUGGCUAUGGAUAUUCAGCGCUGGGAAAUAUUUACUCAUGUUGCAGUGUGGGGAUCGAUUUUUAUUACAUAUGCCUGUAUGGUGGUACUGGAUUCUAUACCAGUCUUUCCCAAUUACUGGACAAUUUACCAUCUGGCGAAUUCACCUACCUACUGGCUCACCAUUUUGCUUAUUAUAGUUGUGGCGUUGCUUCCUCGCUUCCUUUUCAAAGUACUACAUCAGAUUUUUUGGCCUUCAGAUAUCCAGAUAGCUAGAGAAGCUGAGAUACUAAGAAAACAUAAUUAUUUGGGGUCAAAGCAAGAUCAAGGUGCCAGCUAAGGUGCAUGCUCCCUUGUAUAGACGAGCCUCAUUUUGUAUGGCUUUCCUUGGGUUUGUCCAUCAUAUGGCUUUCUUGGAGAGCUUGUUUGUGAAGUUUAAUGAUGGGUGGCAAAGUAAAAGAAGUGAUUGUCGUUGGACAAUAGAGCUGAUUAACCAGUUAGAGGAUAGAAAGCAGAUGGAUGUUUUAUGCCAAGAAGAGUGUCUUUUGGUGGCUGCAGGAUGAGAUGAUGCAGAUAGGGGAGGGAAAAAAGGUGCAAAAGGAGGUCGAGGAGACCCAUCAAGAUGGAUCUUCAGCAAUUUAAUUGAAUUUUACAUGAUUUGGUGUUGGCGGAAGUGAAAAUAACAGUGUGGUGGCCAAGCACAGAGAGUUGAUGUUUUAAAAAAGAGGAAAAAAAAAGAAGGUACAUAAUAGUUAUACAGGCUUGACUUCUUUUGCAGCUUUAGAAUGAAUGAGAAAGUGUCAAAAAUGUAUAGUUUAGAAUUUCUCAAUUACCAUCAACCAUAUUUGCACAUUAAA